AUGGAGAAACAGAAAGAAAACUUUACUGAGGAGACAAAUCAGGAGCCUCAAGAAGAGACUAAGAAGCAGAAGAAAGGAUUCAUGAGCAUGGUCAUGAAGAGUAUGGGAAUGGGCACUAAAUCACCCGAAGUCAAGUACAGAGUAAUUAGUUACCCAGAAUUGAUAGAUGAUAAGAAAACAAUGAAAGCUUAUGCAGCUCAUAUCCCUUGGAUGACUUAUAGAGAAGGAUUUAAUUCAAUAGAUGGGUAUGAGAGUGACACAGGAUGGGGAUGUAUGAUUAGAGUUGCACAAAUGAUGCUAGCCUUCACACUUAUGAAGCAUUUUAAGUACAAAAUGGGCCCAGAAUUAAACAAAACUUUAUUAAUCCAAGACCUUAUGAAAACAAUUCUGCCCUUAUUCUUGGAUAACUACGUUCAAUAUGAAUCUCCAUUCAGUAUCAAAAACAUUGUAGCUGAAGGGGAGAAAAUGAUCAAUAAAGGUGCUGGAGAAUGGUAUGGAGCUCAUUCAAUUUCUCAAGUUAUAAAACAAGUAAAUGAUAAAUAUAACUCUCAACACUCUACAUUCAAAAUACUUACUUUCAAUGAUGGAUUAAUUUACAAAAAUGAAGUCGACCAAGUCUUUACUGAUAUAAAGGAAAAUGGUUGCUUGAUCAUAGUUCCACUCAGGUUGGGGUUAAAAUAAGAUCGAUAAGUGCUAUUAUACUCAAAUAAAGAAAGCUCUUUCGCAUCCUCUCUCUGCAGGGAUACUGGGCGGCAAAAGUGUCUAUGCACUUUAUUGAAUUGGAUAUUAUAAUGAAAAAUUAAUUACUCAUGAUCCUCAUACAGAACAAGAAACUGUUGAGGAGGUAAAUGAUUCUACUUUUCCAACAUUUGUGAAUCCUCAUCCUAAAAUAAUCAGCUUCAGUGAGUGAGACACAACAAUGGCCUUCUGAUUCUUCUGAAAUAAUCAGGAUGAAGCCCUCUCUCUUUAUAAAACCAUAGAAUCAUGGGAAAGCACUGAGGAAGAUGAAUACCUGAUCUGAGUAAAGGAUCAAAAUGAGCAGGUUAAAUACAGCUAUGAUGAAGAUAAUCCUGAAUUUGACUAUGAUUUUGAGCUCAUAUAA